AUGGACUCUCAAUCAGUGGACGACAAAAGCAUGGCGACCACUACAGAGACUGUCACGAUUCCCGAGGCAGAGCCGCCCUUCACCUUGAAGCUCGCCCACCACGAUGCCUCGUAUCUACCCAUAUCCAGGUACCAAACCAUCGACGGCCUAUUGAAAUCACAUGCUGCCGAAUCCAAUCAAACGCCUCUGAUCUGCUACCCAAAGAGCACGGCGUCUGACUUUGAGCUUCAUACGGGACAAGAUCUUGAUCGAUAUACAGAUGCAGCGGUCCAGUUUUACCUCGAGAAUGGUCUCCAGCCAGCUAAUCCGGCUGCUGAGGAAGCGCCGGUAGUAGCCUUACUGGCGUCCACGAGCUUUGACUAUGUCAUCUCUUUCUUCGCCCUCAAUCGACUGGGAUGGACAGUCUUGUUUCUAUCAACACGGCUUACAGCAUCUGCAUACGCGAGGCUGCUUGACUUGGCCCAUUGCAAUACAGUUAUCGUGCCAGAGGCUAAAGUAUCGAUCGUUGACGACAUACGCAAAGAACGACCGGCUUGCAGAUCCGUCCCGAUCCUUCAGGGCCAGAACUAUCGCGAUGUCCCAAGGGCUCCAGCGUUUCAACGGGAGGGUGUCAAUCCGUCAAAAGAGGCCAAGAAGAUGGCUUGGAUCUUGCAUUCUUCUGGCAGCACUGGAUUUCCAAAGCCUAUAUUCUUGACCAACACUGCGUGCCUAGCCAACUUCAGAAAGAGCUUUGGGCUGAGAGCAUUUUGUGUCUCGCCAUUGUUCCACUCGCAUGGCCUCAUGGAGCUUGGACGAGCAUUCUACACACGCGCUCCGAUGUUCCUGGGCAAUCACUCUUUGCCUGUCACUUCCCAGAAUCUGACCGAAGCUCUAGAGGUCGCGAAACCACAACAAAUCUCUGCUGUGCCAUACGUUAUUCAAUUGCUCGCCGAAAAGGAAGAGGGCGUUCAAGCACUUGCUCGGGCCAAACUGGUUCUUUUCGCAGGAAGUAGCUGCCCGGACGAUCUUGGUGAUCGGUUGGUGGCGAAGGGUGUGAAUCUGGUAGCAAACUAUGGCAGUACAGAAAUCGGCCAAAUCAUGACCUCAUUUCGCCCUCCCGGAGAUAACGAAUGGCAGUACCUUCGCCUACUUCGACCGGCAUCUGACUUCACGCUCAUGGAUGAGAUUGCUCCAGGGGUUUUCGAAUGUGUUGGCCUCGAUGGGCUACCAUCUAAGGGGCCCAGCAACGCCAAACCACCAUACAGCGCCUCCAAUCCCGAAAACAGCUUCCGCACGUCGGACCUCUUCACACGACAUCCUGAUCCGAACAAGUCAAACUACUACAAAUAUCUCUCACGUUUAGACGACAGAAUCACCCUGGUCAAUGGGGAGAAGCUUCUACCGAUUCCCAUCGAAGGCCGGAUACGACAAGAUGAUCUGGUGAGGGAAGCAGCUAUGUUUGGAUUCCAGCGAACUGUGCCAGGCCUGUUGAUCUUCCGAUCGACCGAGAAGGGCUUGGAUUUGAGUGAUAGCCAGUACCUCGAAUCAGUCUGGCCUACCAUCGAAGCUGCAAAUUUGCAGGCGGAGAGUUUCUCUCGAGUUCCAAAGGAUAUGGUCAUCAUCAAAGGCGCCAACGUUACAUAUCCUCGAACAGACAAAGGCACCUUCAUUCGUGCUCAGGUGUAUCAGCAAUUUGCGGAUGAUAUCAACACAGCCUAUGAGGCUUUCGAGAGAGGUUCAGACACCGAAAAGGGGACCCUUCGGCUGGAUGAAGCUGGCUUAGAACAAUGGCUUUUGGCUAAGUUCUCCAAAGACUUCGACAUUGAGCUUCCGAGCGCUGAUACCGACAUCUUCUCUGCUGGUGUAGACAGCUUGCAAACAACACGUUUGUGGCGAGCCAUCAAAAAGGAGCUAAACUUGGGCGAGAAUGGGCAGUCUCUAAGUCAGAAUAUUGUUUUUGAGAAGGGGACUGUCAAGCAACUCGCGAGACAUCUCUACCAACUGCGGACAGGCGAUCAGAUCUCGGACGUCGAAGACGAGAUUGAGGUGAUGGCAGAUAUGAUUGAGCGGUACUCAACCUUCACGAAACACUUCCCAGCGAGAGGUCCUCAACCAGAGUCGCAAGUUGUUGUGGUCACUGGAGCUACAGGAAAUUUGGGCGCCUUCCUGCUUGCUGAGGCAGUGAAGCGUGAAAAUGUAUCUGAAGUUUGGGCACUUGUGCGAGCUCCAGGACAAGCUUCCGCUGGGGCCAGAGUCAUGAAGUCUUUGGAGGCUCGCAACAUCCGCCUGACCGAUCACGAACUGUCCAAACUACGAGCGGUGCCAUCGGACUUCAGUCAGGCAGAUCUCGGACUGGAGGCCCACGAUCUGGAGCAUUUGAUGAGCACACUUACCUGUGUCAUUCACUCAGCCUGGGCAGUCAACUUCAAUCUGGGCGUGCGGAGUUUCGAAGCGCAGCACGUACGCGGAACCUACAAUCUGAUCAACUUGUGUCUUCGCAGUCGACUCGCGAGUCCGGCGAGGUUCUAUUUCUGUAGCAGUGUUAGUGCUGCAAGCGGUACCCCCAAGCCAGCCACUAUUACUGAGAAGGCUAUAGAAGAUCUGAAGCACGCCCAGAAUAUGGGAUAUGGCAGGAGCAAGCUCGUAACCGAGCACAUUACUCGCAACGCCAUGCGAAGUACUGGAAUGACGGCACGAGUCCUCAGAAUUGGUCAACUGAGUGGCGACACUUCGAGCGCCGACUGGAACGAAACCGAAGCGAUUGCGCUCAUGGUGAGGAGUGCUUUGACGACUGGCGUGCUCCCAGAUCUGGACGAGCGACCAAGCUGGCUUCCGGUUGAUCUUUGUGCCAAGGCAAUCGUUGAGCUCUCUAUACCGGUAGCGAAUGCUACAGACGAGCAGAAGAGUGCUGAUCUGGUUUACCACCUAGUCAACCCGAACACCUUCAGCUUUAAGCACGACCUUUUGCCAGCUUUGCAGAAGAGUAGUCUCCCGCCUUUCAAGAUCGUCGGCGCCAGCGAAUGGCUCGACAAGCUUGCGAACAGCGACCAAGAUGUUGAGACGAAUCCCAGCAUCAAACUGAUCGACUUCUGGAAAGUCAAGUACGGCAACGUGGCACAGACUUCCACUGUUCAUCACGACGACGGUGAGCCUGCAGGGUUGAGUUUCGAGACGACCAGGACGGUCCAUGACGCCCCUUCACUGGGGUGUGUUCGCGAUCCAGUGACCGAGGGCUUGAUUGAGCGAUAUGUUGAUGUCUGGAUGAAGAAGUGGCGUUCACAAUAA